CAGAUCAUCUUUUAUGAGGACAGGAACUUCCAGGGCCGCUCUUAUGAGUGCAGCUCUGAUUGUUCUGACCUCCACUCUUACUUCAGCCGUUGCAACUCCAUCCGUGUGGAAAAUGGAAACUGGAUGCUGUAUGAGCACCCCAACUACACCGGGCACCAAUAUUUCCUGAGGAGAGGAGAGUAUCCAGAUUUUCAACAGUGGAUGGGAUUUAAUGACUCCAUUAGGUCUUGUCGCAUCAUCCCUCAGCACCGUGGAUCAUUUAGGCUGAGGAUUUAUGAAAGGGAAGAAUUCAGAGGUCAGAUGAUGGAGUUCACUGAAGAUUGUCCUCAAGUCCAUGAAGAAUUCAACUACCAUGAUAUUCACUCCUGUAAUGUCCUUGAAGGCCACUGGAUCUUCUAUGAGCAACCCAACUACAGAGGACGCCAGUACUACCUGAGACCUGGAGAAUACAGGAGAUACACUGAGUGGGGAGCAGUUACUCCUAGAGUUGGUUCUUUCAGGAGAGUCCAAGAAAUGUUUUGA